AUGGACAAAAACAAUGAGAAGAUCUGUGAGAAAAAAUUAAAAGCCGCUGAGAUUAAAUUAAAUAAAAUCUUGAGGAAGAUUAAUUUGCUUAAACUCAACAACUACGAUAUUUCCAGGAUAGAUUUACCACAGAAUAAAGAGGGAAAGAAGUUUAUAUAUUUUAAUGGGUGGUUGAAAAAUUUUGCUAUUUUUAUCAUGGUAUUCGCUGGUGUUAUAGUGAGCUUGUGGUGGCAUUACUCUCAAUUCUAUCCAAAUUGUCUCAUCCCUCUACCCCUGGACUCCAAGUCACUGUUCCGUUCUCCAGAAGAUUGUUCCAUGUGUGUCAGAGUGAGAGACGUCAUCCGCUUGGCUAACAUUACGGCGGAAGAGUUUGAAGAAGACUACGCUUACACGACACAACCUGUCAUAGUUACUGAUGCUACUAAACAUUGGAAAGCUAUUCAAGAAUUUAGUUUCGAUUUCUUCUCAAAAUUCUACCGCACGACCAAGAUGGGUAGAAAAAUAAACGAGUGCUUUUACUUCGCUUAUAAAUCGGGUUUAAAUUCGUUGAACGAGGUCUUUGCUAUGGAUGAGAGGAGGGUUAACCUGUCAGGCGAGCCCUGGUACGUGGGAUGGAGCACGUGUUACGAGGAAGAGACUCGUGCUUUAAGACAAUAUUAUGAGAGACCAUACUUCUUACCAAAGACGGCGGAAAGCGAUAUGGUCGACUGGAUCUUUAUGGGAGGUCCGGGACAGGGCGCACACAUGCACGUGGACUCAGUCCGUCACAUGUCGUGGCAGGCUCAAGUCCGCGGUUCCAAGACCUGGCAGCUGGCUCCUCCGCCUGAAUGUCUUUACUCAUGUAAAUGGAUCACUUUCACCGUACAACCAGGGGAUAUACUGGUGGUGGAUACGAAUCGUUGGUAUCAUAAGACGAAUGUUCUGCCCGGAGACAUCAGCAUCACUAUCGGAGCGGAAUAUGACUAA